AAUGUUUCUAAUGUUUCCGUUUUAACGGGGAGUUUUACGGUGUGAACGGGGAUCGGAGCAGCGGGGAGCCUCGGUGGACCGGCGGGCUGGACGGUGGAUGCCGGUCACGGUUCGCAGCUCUGUGCGGUGCAGCAGAAACUACACAGAGUGAGUCUCCUGGCGAUGGCUCCCACACGGAUGAAACUGCGCGUUCGUCGCCGUGACAACACAGCAGGAAGCGUCCAGCAGCCGGAGGAGGAAGAGGAGAGGAGGCGAGAGAGCAGCGGGCGCAGCAGCAGGAGGAAGAACACCAGCAAUGCUUCGACUACAGCAGCAGCUGCCGCCGCCGCUGCUGCCGCUACCGCCGCUGCCGCUGCCUCCUCAUCUCCUCCCGCCGCCUCCACCUCGGCGCGGGCGGUUCUAGCAGCCGAAGAGGCGUCGCCAGACUCGAAAUGUCCGAUCUGUCUGGACCGCUUUAACAACCUGGCGUAUCUGGACCGCUGCCUUCAUCGCUUCUGCUUCCCGUGCAUCCAGGAAUGGUCGCACAACAAGGCCGAGUGUCCGCUCUGCAAGCAGCCGUUCGCCUCCAUCCUUCACUCCGUCCGCGCCGAGGACGACUUCAAGGAGUACACGCUGCGGCCGCCGCCCGCCAACAGCAGCGUGGCCGCCACCGUCGCCAUGGUGGCGGCGAUGGCGUCGGCAGCGAGGAGCGACCACCAGAUGAGGCUGAUGCUGAGGAGGCACCGCGUGGCCGACGGAGGGGAGGCGGCGACCACUAGGAGGCGCAGGAGGGAGAGAGGGGGGAGGGGCGGGGGAGGCAGGAGAGCUGCGGCGGCGGAGAGGGCAGGCGUGUGGGAGUGGUACCUGGACUCUCCUCCUCUUCCUCUCCCUCCUCUUCCUCACCACCCCGCCGUCUCUCCCAUGGUGGCGGAGGACAGCGAGGAGGGCGAGGACGUGGGGCAGCAGAGGGUGAGCGGCGGGGCGGACAUGGCGGAGCGUGGGGUGAUCUUUGAGGGUCUGACGGGGUUGACGGGGGCGGUCGCUCCCGUGGCGUCGAACGACCGGGCGUCACGGCGACUCAUGAGUUGCCUGGCGACGAGGCAGCGGAUGCAGCGGCUGCAGCGCGAAGGAGGAACGGUGCGGAGGCUGAGGGAGAGAGAGACGGUGGCAUUCCGCCGAGCCCUCUACCGCAGCGGGAUACGGGUCCGCGGGGUUGCCGGGGUCAGCGGUAACCAGGGGCAACAGCAGCGUGACAUCACAGCAGAGAGCUUCCGCCGGACGCCCUCCCACCUGAACAGGCUCCGCCCCUGGCUGCGGCGGGAGCUCACGGUGCUGUACGGCGCCCACGGCUCGCUGGUCGACAUCGUCCAGCGCAUCAUCAUGGCGCGCCUCGCCCGCCACGGCCUGGAAGACACGCCCACCAUUGAAGAGGAGCUGCGACCGUUCCUAUUGGCUCGCACCGACCACUUCCUGCACGAGCUAGUCAGCUUCGCCCGCUCGCCACUCAGCCUGGACAACUACGACCUGCAGGCGGUGUACGAGCCGCCCUCCACCACGCUGGAGCUCGACGGGCUGAGCAGCUCCAGCGACAGCAGCUCCGUCAUCGCCAUCUCCGAGGGCGAGGAGGAGGAGCGAGUCGGCGCCGCCCACGAUGACGUCAUACAAACAGGAAGUUGUCUCAGUCUGUCGGCCUGGGACGACGAGACACCGGGACCGUCGUACUCCACAGCCGAGCCGUCGUGUUCGUUGGCGUCGCUGUCGUUCAGCCCGGCGCCGCACGAGGCGGCCAGUGAGGAGCGAGGAGAGAAACGUGAGGAGGACGGCGAGGAGGAGUGUCUGAUCGUCGGCUACAAGAAACCAAUCGCAGAACGAACUCCGGAGCUGGUUCAGCUCUCCUCCGACACCGAGGAUGACGACAAGGAGAAGAAGGAGGACUCCGCCUCCAACGAGAAGCCCGCCCCCCUCCCAUAUUUACCCACAAUCCCUCCCUCCACAUCCAGCGCCUGCAGGGAGGAAGAGGAGCCGCCGAAGGAGAAAGACGCGGAGGCGGCCGUGCUUGGCGCUCACGCCUGCUUGUGGUCGGGCAGCUCCGCGAGGAGUCGGGACUCUGUGUGCACGCUCAGCCCGGCGACGCCUGGUGAGGUUGAGCUGCAGCAGGAGACGGAAAGCUGGACGGACAGGAAGCAGGCAGGCGGCGAGGCGGUGAAAGAGAAGCGGAGGAAGAAGAGGAAGCGGCAAGGGCGUGAGCAGAGUUGUGAGCGGGUGAGGAAGAGCGGCACGCUAUACAACCCGAACCGCUCCAUCUAUCCCGCCAUGAUGCGCCGCCACUCACACUCACCCUCGCCGUUCCACACCAGCGCGGAGUCCGGCUCGCCGCUGCCGCCGAGCCCGCCAGACUCCAGCUGGGAGUUCUGCUGCUCUCCGCUCACCUCCUCCGUCUCCUCACCCUCACUCUCCUCCUCCUCUUCUUCCUCGCCCCUCCUCUCCUCCCCACUGGCGCAGACGCCACCGCCGCCCUCGCUCUCCCCCGGCGACCGCAGCGGCGAGCACCACGGAGAGAAACCCGGCGGGAAGAGGAAGUACAAGAGCCGCCACCUGGACAGCAGCGACAAAGACCCGAGCUGGAAGCCGGGAGGCAGCCGGCGCCGCGAGAAGAGGAAGGAGAGAGGAGAGAAGGAGAGCAAGAAGAGAGACAGAGGAAGGAAGAGGGAGAGAGCGAGGAGGGACACACACAGCGGAGAGAGCAGCAGCAGGAAGCGCCGAGACGACCGCAGUCCGAGCGUCGAGAUCAUCUACGAAGGAACCAUCAUGUCCGACGCCGCGCAGCCGCCGGCACGCAAACGCCGCAGGAAACACCGCAAACCGCAACACAGCAGUUCUCCGGUCAUCAUCACCCUCGACAGCGACAGCAGCCACGACGACGCCAACCACAAAAUCAACAGCAGCAGCAGCAGUCCACUCAGCAGCCAGCAGACCGUCGACUUCUCAGACCUUCCUCCUCUCCCGUUGGUGCAUUCGGCCGGCGUGGGCGGGCCCAUGGACGCGGACAUCGGCGAUCUUCCCGUCGACAUCCUGGACAGAGGGUCUGACGGGUCGGAGAUGGAGCCGACAAGCCGAUCUAAGGCUGCACGUCGCGUUGGCAGCGACAACAGCGAUCUAGACGUGGACGUGGAAAACGUUGAGGAGAGCGGUUCGCUGCUGGGAUGCGACGAUGAUGACGAUGAUGAUAAAGAACCGUCGUCUGUGAUGCAUGGACUAAUAAGAAAGGCCGAAUCAAAGUCGACCGCAGGGGAGAAAAAAGCACCUCCGACUGUAGAUGGAGGAACGGAGGCGGGGGUUCGGGUCCCGACCUCCGACAGCCAUCUGCUGGCGUCCAUCCUCAACGAACUGGAGGGAAUCUCUGCUCCUAAAUGUGACCUUUCAUCAAACUUUGAGCCCAAAUAUAAACCGAGUUUUAGGGAUCAGUGUGACGGACGCCAGGCUGAGACCAGACUUCCUAGUUUGGGUUUUCCUGAGGAGGGGCGAUGGUGUAACGACAGCAGGGACCAAAAUCAGGGUUUUGACUUGCAGACAUGUCGCACCGCUUUCCCCCCGCCACCUCCUCUGCAGCGGCUGAAGGAGGAUCGGGAAGUCCCUGCAUUCCUGAAACAGCCCCUUCCCGUUCAGUCGUUCAAACGGAACACGCCGCCGCCGUUAAAACACAAAGAUGCUGGGAGUCCACACAUGUCCCCCAUCUCACCUGACACCGACACGACUGGUGUAAAUUCUCCUGCUGACACAAAUACAAACAUCUCCCACGUUGGCUCCUCUUUUGCUGCUAAAGACGACCAGACCAUCCCUCCGAUCUCAACGCUGAAAAAACAUUUCACGAGCGCUUUGGCUUUGAGGAGAGACUCCGCUUCUACUAGCAGCGCCGCAGCCGUUGACGUUCAUUCAUCCUGUAAUUUAGAAACCAUUGAGCCCAGUUCAGCUGCUUCUUCUACCGCUGGCAUCCAUUCCACUAGUCACAAAUCUCCCGUUGACAUUCAUUCCUCUUCUUCUGGGUCAAACGCCGACUGCUUACCACAUUUUGACUUCAAUUCUUUUCCCGCUUCACAGCUACAUUCCAGCCGUGUUAACACAAAGGAAAUACCUUCAUCUGGUCACAAGGCAUCAUCAUCCUCUGAGUUGCAUCCUAUGAAUUCUUUAUCUCCCGUUGGUUUCCAUUCAGCCAAAACUGGCUGGUCCAAAGAGAGGCCAGCUCACACUGACUCUACCUCCGGAGGUCACAGGAAUAAGACUAUCAGCUCAAAUUUCUGUCGGGUAGCGCCUGUUGACCUUAAUCCUUCCAGCAGCGUCUCUGCUGAUGACACGCCGGCAGGAAGUGAUGUUUUCUCAGGAGCCAACUCUGACACAUCAUCUCCUGUUUGUGUUUCACCCGUUGACUACAGGACUCAGAAUCCCUCCUCGCCCGUUGACUCCCACUCCUCCCGUAAUGCUGCCAACAGAGAGAAACUGUCAGAAAGGCUUUCACCCUCAACAGUGCCACCAAUGACUCCCAGAGGCAGGUCGUCACCGAAAUCUGCUGUUGACCUUUACCCAGAAGGACUGAAGGUGUCAUCAGUAGUCAAUCACGAGGAGCGAUCACCUCGUGGUCACCUGCCACCCACUGAUCUACAUAGCAGAAGUCCUUUGCCGCCUGUUAGCUUUCAUUCUUCUAGCCUUGUCCGCACUGCGAUUGACGGACGCUUGAACCACACAGCCUUAUCCUCGUCUCCCACUGAAAAAACCUCGCUAACGUCACAGGGAAAGUGCAGUUCUGAGUCUGAACCCAUCGUUGAAUCCCACUCAAAACUUGUGCACUCCACUGACUCCGAUUCCAAACCUCACAACCACUUCGAUCCCAGUUCCUACCCACAGUUCCCCGUUGACUCCCGCUCAAAACACCGUCUCCCCAUCGGCUCUCAGCAUGAACCUCAGCCAUCCGUUGACUCUCAUUCAAAAAACUUUCAACUCCACACGGACAAUCACGUCACAUCUUCCCCCGAGUCCGUGGAGAACCAGUGGAGCUCCUCCGUCGACACCCAGUCGCCCAUUGACGAACACUCGACCAACAGUGUCUGGAACACACAUACACACUCCGCCACGUAAAACGCCUGAAAUUAAGAGACUAAAUUAAGAACAAAAAGUUAAGUCUUUUUUUUUUACCUCCUUUUACUAUUUUUGUUUUAUUGUUUGGAAAUUGAUAGAAAAAUUGUGUUCAUUUAAAAUGUAACCCCCCC